AUGGACAACAACAAGAACGGCGUCGUCGAGCAGCAAGAAGACAAGUCGAAGCCGAUGAACGAGGACGCAAAGGUCGAUCAGAUGGAAACCGACAAGUCUGGCCCUCCUUUGUCCAGCAAGAACAGCUUUGAAGUUCCUUUCUCUAGGGCCUUCCCUGAAAGCAGAGGACCAAAACUGCAAAAAAAUUGGCCCACCGUGAAAUCGGCUUUAGAAAGUUAUGGUAUUUCAUGCAUACUGAAUCUGGUUGAGUGUUCCAUGACAGCUUCACUGAGCAGUAAGGCUAGAGGAAACCCGCUGUAUAUGAAUCUCAGGGCUAGGAUGCUUCUGCUACUUCUCGCAAUAGGUGUUCCUGCAUAUAUGGCACUAAGAACACUGAGGCCGUGUCCUGUGAUCCUGAUGAUUGGGCAUGGAUCUACUGGGCUUUGCUCAAAAUUUCGCAUCGAGAAGGAGCAAUACCAAAAACGGCGGAAACCAAGUCGAAGCCGAUGA